AUGGCGACCGCGGUUGUGGUGUCAACCUCAGUUCCUGCAAACCCUGAAAAAGAGAAAUGUGAAACUGCCAUUCAAAAGAUUCUGAGUCCAGAAUCUUAUAUCAAGCAUCCAUUACAAAACAGGUGGGCUCUUUGGUUUUUCAAGAACGACAAAAGUAAAACAUGGCAAGCUAACCUUCGUCUCAUCUCUAAGUUUGACACCGUUGAAGACUUUUGGGCAUUGUACAAUCACAUUCAGCUAUCAAGUAACUUGAUGUCAGGCUGUGACUAUUCGUUAUUUAAGGAUGGAAUCGAGCCAAUGUGGGAGGAUGAGAGGAACCGACGAGGUGGCCGCUGGCUGAUAACUCUGUCCAAGCAGCAACGGAAAGCAGAUCUGGACCGCUUUUGGUUGGAGACGCUUUUGUGUCUGGUGGGUGAAGCAUUUGAUGACCACAGCGACGAUGUUUGUGGAGCCGUCAUUAAUGUUAGAGCCAAAGGAGAUAAAAUAGCCAUAUGGACCACAGACUUUGAAAACAAAGAGGCCAUCACACACAUAGGGCGUGUGUAUAAGGAGAGAUUAGGCGUUCCUCCCAAAGUCAUCAUCGGUUACCAGUCUCAUGCAGACACGGCUACAAAGAGCGGCUCCACUACCAAGAACAAGUUUGUAGCCUGAGGAUGUGUGGAAUCAUCUGUGAAGUUUUUCUUUUUCCUGUUAUUAUAGAUUUUCUGUAACCUUUCCAUGCAUGUAACCGGUAUGUUGAUCCACCAAAAGAAACAAUUUAUAAAAAGGAGAUAAAGUGGCUGGUUUAUGUUUAGCUGUUUGACUUUCCAAAGCUUUUGUGUUUGAGAGUAUAUGCAAUUAAAAUGUAGCUUUUCUUUGGGAAUAUAAUUUAUUUUGGUUGUGGGCAGUAAUUAUAUUUUGGGGAACUUUUUCAUACAUAUUUAAGUACUCUGCUUUAAAGGCAGUUUUAUGUGAAUUGUAGCAGCAAAAAGGCUCCCUGAAUACUUUUGUAAAAAAAAGAGGUUUUCUUUUUCCGCAUUUGAAAAUGAGAAGAAGCAACUUGUGAGACUUUGAGUUAUAAUGCUUGUAUGAUUUCAGGGAAGUGAAAUGUUGCGGUCAAACUAACCUUUUUCACCUCAACCCUCACAAUGUGCUCCAAGUGUCCCAGAAAUGACAGAAAAGAGGACGUGCGUGAUGGUUUACACUGAAUAAAGAAUUUGACCGUCGCUUUUAUUUAUUUUUUUGACACAUUCAAGUAUGAGCUAUAUUGAUUUCAAUGGACCGAGAAGCAACGUUCACCUCACGUUGAACCAGAAACCAAAUGCCAUGUGUACCUUAGCUGCAGGUUCAGUUUCUGCCUGAUUAUAAAUGAUUUUGCAUAGAAGGCUCUCAUGAAUAUUGGCUCCCUUUUGUUUUCAUUCCUGUCCCCUGCAGAUGCCAUGUUUGGUGUUUAGAGCUUUGCUGGUACGUUGCAGGAUGUAAGGAACUGAACUGUGCCUUUAACUUAACCUCCUGCUCCUCACAGUCUGAAAUGUACAGAGAAUGUAGUGGAGCCAUGUAAAUAAACUAGUGUUGUGUUCUCUCAGAAGGUGAGAAGUUGUAUAUUUUAAUAUAAUGCAUGGAACAAAUUUCUUUAGUCAUCUAGCAGCAUUAGAUGUAUUUGAAAUUGUUCUGACACAGAAUGAAGUUUCUUUUCUUUUUUCUUUCCUUCUAGACAAGAAAACAUGUUUUUUUUUCUUAACAUUGGACUCUCAUUUUUGGGAAUAUACUUGUAGCGGCUCUCCUCAUAUAUGCUGUUUUGUAUGUAACAAACUUGUUUUGUGAAAGUUCAUUGGACCAAACAAUAUUCUGCAUUAACACAAUUUCUCACCUGCUCCUCUGUGUGAAAGUGUCCCUGGAGUAUCAUUGCUGUUUAUGUACUCUUCUAUGGGGAAUUAGGUUAUUUUUGUGGUACAUUUAUUUUGUUAUUUUUUGUUUGGCCACACAUUGCUGUUUGACUUUAAAGGGGUUUGUUUAACCUUCCAUCUCAAAAUAAUGAAAUGAUUUAGAUUUAAAAUUUGAAGUUCAGCAGAAUGAUCAACGGGAUCUUUUUCUUUUAUCGUGUCAAACCAAACAAGUAGCCUGUGUUAAAUUUUCAGGCAUCUUUUUGUCUUGUUACCAUCAGAAAUCCAGUAUGUUCCCCUGUUGAAAAGCUAGAGAGGAUCAAGUGUUUCAAAAGUUAUUAAGUUGUAACAGACACCUCACAGAAUAUGUUCUGACCAGUAAAAAUGACCAUAGGCAGUUUAAAUAAAUGCUAUAUGCCAUUUCAGUAUUACCUGUUGAAUGAGUUCAGUCACUGCCAAGUUCAGCUGAUGAAAUUUCACAAAAAUAUGACCUAAAUCUUUCAUAUCCUGCUAUUUGUGUGAAAUCCAGACCUGAUUAAUUCUGUUUGAUGCCUGUUUUAUCAGCUCAUCUGUUUAAUGAGCCAUAAAUCCCGAGCAGUUGGCUUAAUUUAGCUGUUAUCUCCUCUGUUCACUUUCAACACAUUAAAACAUCUUACAUUUGCACAGGUACUGUAAACAGUCUAGACCUCUGAUGUUUUCAGCUCCCUUCUUAUCGGGUCAGGGAGGUUAUCCAUACAUAAUGCAUUUCAAGUGAAAACUAUUUCCAUACUUGUUAGAUGGGUAAAAAUAUCAUUAAAGAAAACAUUUCUUUUAGAUGAAGCGAUAGUAUUUUGACUCCAUAAUAACAGCGUGUGUAACCAUAGAAAAAUAUGUGUUUUCAUGUUAGAAAGCCAAGUUUUAAAUGUGAGUUUUUGCUGAAUCGGCUUUCUUACAUAUGCUCUCUAUGCUGAUUGGCACAUGUUGGACUCUUCUGGUGUUAACACCUGACACCAGAGGUGGAUUUGAUGUUCCUGAUGUCUUUUUAGAUGAAACAUGGGCUCGUGCUGCUAAUUGACGGAGUCUCCGUGAAAGUGCUGCAUUUCAAAAACUUGCAUGAGUUGAUCAGCAGUCGGGAUUCUCCCUGAAUUUGUGGCUUGCCACCUUCCAAAGUAAUUCCAGGCUCAUGGUGAGGCUUCCCACCAGUGUUAAUAUGAUUCAUAUCAGUGGCUCAUUCCAUCUUAGGGGUGUUUUUGUUCUGUUUUUAUGG